AACACCAAAUAAAUGCUACCUCUGCUAUAUAUCUUGGAAUGAAAGAGGACCGAUGGAUUCCACAAACCGAAUUAAGGUCAAUUGUAGACCGAGUUGUAACUUCUGCUAGCAAUGUAUACAUGGAGGGUUCAUCGCGCCAAUUAAGAAUUUUACGAAUUUCCCCGCAGUUUGAUAUUGCUUUUGAAGGAGUUUGUGCUUUAUAUGAUAUGGGAGCGAUCAAGACGGAUGUGGAGAAACCGCUUAGUUCUGAUCAGAUUAAGAACAAUGUAGAUUACUUGAAAAGGAAACUCGGAAACGACACUUCUCCACUUUAUCAACGUUUAUACUCUGAUGUAAAUGAGAUCUCAGUUCACAAUUUAACUUGGAAGGACCCCUUAGCCAGUCAAGUUAUUAGCGACACAUCAACCCUCGUACAAAAUUUGCCUGGAAAUCUAAAAAAAGCAUUUAUGGUAUGUAACUAUUAA